AUGUUGAUCAAUGUGGCUCCUACCGACACAAAGCUCGCAUUCUACUUCGAAUGCGACAAGGCCGAAAGCACAGAGGAUGUAAACAACCGAGGAAUCCGCCUCCUGAAUAGUCUGAUCUUUUUGUCAUCCUUGGUUGAUCCCCUGGAGGAUCUAGCGAAGCACGGACCCCUGCGGGCUCCUGAGUACAAAGCAUUGACAGGCCAGCAGGAAGGUGAAGAGCCCCUUGGCCCAAGCGUCGAUGCCUACAACCUGCGAACGGGUCAUGCUCCUGACGAAACGGGCAAGAAGACCCUGACGGAUGUCGCGGCUGAAAUACGUCGAGUUUGUUAUACACUACCAUCCCAGCGAAACCCUGUGACAGAGGAAGUUGUCAAAGAGGCGAUCGCCAUAGCAAAGGGGGCACUGAUGAUGGUCUGGCCAAUGGGUCUUCCCGACUACGAUCCAGCCAAAGAGCUUCUGGAUGCAGAGGAGGACAUCCUAGAAGGAAAGGUAGAGCCCCAGAAGUAUUAUAGCACGGAGACUAGCUGCCUUUUCUUUGCAGGGUCUUCUUUGUGCUCUAAGGGGCCUGCUAUGAGUAGCAUCAAGUGCGGAGCAAAUGCAGUGCUAAAGGUCAUACCAAGUCGAUCAAACACAGUUGUGCCGCGCAAAGCAGAUGAUGAGGCACGUGCAGCUAUGAUGAGCUACAUGUUUAAGCGCGAGAAAAGCCUCAAGGAAGCUGAGCUAAACACUACCGAGGAGGUAUAUACCCGAGAAUGGACAAACAAGAAUUCACUCCGCAACCAGCUGCAUGGACUUUCAGAGAUAAGACACUAG